AUGGAUAUGAUGCUGAUGUGUUUGGUGGGAAUGCUGUUUAUGGGGUUGAUGGCAAUGAUGCUGAUGGGGGAGAUGAGAAUGGUUAUGAUGCUGAUGGUGUUGAUGGCAAUGCUGUUGAUGGGGGGAGAUGUUAAUGGUUAUGAUGCUGAUGUGGUUGAUGACAAUAAUGUUGAAGGGGGAGGUGAUAAUGGUUAUGAUGCUGAUGUGGUUGAUGGCAAUGAAGUUGACAGGGGAGGUUAUAAUGGUUAUGAUGCUGAUGUGGUUGAUGGCAAUGAUGUUGACUGGGGAGGUGGUAAUGGUUAUGAUGCUGAUGGUGUUGAUGGCAAUGCUGUUGAUGGGGGAGGUGUUAAUGGUUAUGAUGCUGAGGAUGUGGAUGGCAAUGGUGCUGACGGGGAAGAUGUUAAUGGUUAUAAUGCUGAUGUGGUUGGUGGAAAUGAUGCUGAUGGGGGAGAUGUUAAUGGUUAUAAUGCUGAUGUGGUUGGUGGAAAUUAUGCUGAUGGGGGAGAUGUUAAUGGUUAUGAUGCUGGUGGUGUUGGUGGCAAUGAUGUUGAUGGGGAAGAUGUGAAUGGUUAUAAUGCUGAUGUGGUUGAUGGAAAUGAUGCUGAUGGGGGAUAUGUUAAUGGUUUUGAUUCUCAUGUGUUAAUGGGGAAAUAUGUUAAUGGUUAUGAUGCUGAUGUGGUUGGUGGGAAUGCUGUUGAUGGGGUUGAUUGCAAUGAUGAUGACGGGGGAGAUGUUACUGGUUAUGAUGCUGAUGUGAUCAUUCCAGAUGUCCACCACCCCUUUUUCCCACAUGACACUGCAGUGUCAAAGUUCAGGGUAGCCAUCACAAAUAAGAAAACUUGA